AGCAGAGCCGGUCGCGCCGUGCCUGUCGUUCGGCGGCUGCCGUCCGCUGCGCCUCUCGGGGAGGACCCCCGGCGUCCCGACGGCGCCCGACGCGGCGUUCUAGAAGCCGGAGCCCCGGGGCCCCGCGGCGGCGAUGGGCAAUCUGGAGAGCGCCGAGGGGGGCCUGGGCGAGCCGCCCCCCGUGUCGCUGCUGCUGCCGCCCGGCAAGAUGCCGAUGCCCGAGCCUUGUGAGCUGGAGGAGCGAUUCGCCCUGGUGUUGAGCUCCAUGAACCUGCCCCCUGACAAGGCGCGGCUCCUGCGGCAGUAUGACAACGAGAAGAAGUGGGAUCUCAUCUGUGACCAGGAACGGUUCCAGGUCAAGAAUCCUCCCCACACAUACAUCCAGAAACUCCAGAGCUUCCUGGACCCCAAUGUCACCCGAAAGAAGUUCAGGAGGAGAGUGCAGGAGUCGACCAAAGUGCUGAGGGAGCUGGAGAUCUCGCUCCGUACCAACCACAUCGGGUGGGUUCGGGAGUUUCUGAAUGAUGACAACAAAGGCUUGGAUGCGCUGGUGGAUUACCUGUCCUUUGCCCAGUGUUCUGUCAUGUUUGACUUUGAGGGUCUGGACAGUGCUGACGACGGCGCAUUUGACAAGCUCCGGUCCUGGAGCAGGUCCAUCGAGGACCUGCAGCCGCCCAGCGCCCUGUCGGCCCCCUUCACCAACAGCCUCGCUCGCUCUGCGCGCCAGUCUGUGCUCCGGUAUGUGCGCUGCUCUGCCCGCCGCCUCCCGCCCUCGCCCGUGCCGGGCUCGGCCACAGCCUACAGCACCCUUCCUGGGCGCAGGGCCCUGAAGAACUCGCGCCUGGUGAGCCAGAAGGAUGAUGUCCAUGUCUGCAUCCUCUGCCUCAGAGCCAUCAUGAACUAUCAGUAUGGAUUCAAUCUGGUCAUGUCCCACCCCCAUGCUGUCAACGAGAUUGCUCUCAGCCUCAACAACAAGAACCCACGGACCAAAGCCCUUGUCUUGGAGCUCCUGGCUGCCGUGUGCCUGGUGCGGGGAGGUCACGAAAUCAUCCUUGCUGCCUUCGACAAUUUCAAAGAGGUGUGCAAGGAGACGCACCGCUUCGAGAAGCUGAUGGAGUAUUUCCGGAAUGAGGACAGCAAUAUUGACUUCAUGGUGGCCUGCAUGCAGUUCAUCAAUAUCGUCGUGCACUCUGUAGAGGAUAUGAACUUCCGGGUCCACCUGCAGUACGAGUUUACCAAGCUGGGGCUGGAGGAGUUCUUGCAGAAGUCAAGGCACACAGAGAGCGAGAAGCUGCAGGUGCAGAUUCAGGCGUACCUGGACAACGUGUUUGAUGUAGGUGGAUUGCUGGAGGAUGCCGAGACCAAGAAUGUGGCCCUGGAAAAGGUGGAAGAGCUGGAGGAACAUGUGUCCCAUCUCACAGAGAAGCUCCUGGACCUGGAGAAUGAGAACAUGAUGCGGGUGGCGGAGUUGGAGAAGCAGCUGCUGCAGCGGGAGAAGGAGCUUGAGAGCAUCAAGGAGACGUACGAGAACACGAGCCACCAGGUGCACACCCUGAGGAGGCUCAUUAAAGAGAAGGAGGAAGCCUUCCAGCGCCGAUGCCACCUGGAGCCUGGCGCCGGGGGCCUGGAGGGCAUGGGCAGUGAAGCCCUGGCCAGGAUAGGGCCUACAGAGCUGAGUGAAGGCACACCGGCCUCCGACCUGGACCCACUGGCUCCAGCCCCACCCUCAGAGGAAGCCCUGCCCCUGCCUCCACCACCAGCUCCUCCCCUGCCUCCUCCACCUCCCCCUUUACCAGACAAGUGUCCGCCAGCCCCACCCCUUCCUGGCGCUGCUCCCUCUGUGGUGUUGACAGUGGGUCUGUCAGCCAUUCGCAUUAAGAAACCCAUCAAGACCAAGUUCCGGCUGCCUGUGUUCAACUGGACAGCACUGAAGCCCAACCAGAUCAGCGGCACCGUGUUCAGCGAGCUGGACGAUGAGAAGAUCCUAGAGGACCUGGACCUUGACAAGUUUGAAGAAUUGUUCAAGACGAAAGCCCAGGGCCCUGCCCUGGACCUCAUCUGCUCCAAGAGCAAGGCGGCACAGAAAGCUGCCAGCAAGGUGACCCUACUGGAAGCCAACCGUGCCAAGAACCUGGCCAUCACCCUUCGCAAGGCAGGCCGCUCAGCCGAGGAGAUCUGCAGGGCCAUCCACACGUUUGACCUGCAGACACUGCCUGUGGACUUCGUAGAGUGCCUCAUGCGCUUCCUGCCCACUGAGGCCGAGGUGAAGCUACUGCGGCAGUAUGAGCGUGAGCGGCAGCCCCUGGAGGAGCUGGCGGCUGAGGACCGCUUCAUGCUGCUCUUCAGCAAAGUGGAGCGGCUGACACAGCGGAUGGCUGGCAUGGCAUUCCUGGGCAACUUCCAGGACAACCUGCAGAUGCUCACCCCGCAACUCAAUGCCAUCAUCGCAGCCUCUGCCUCGGUCAAGUCCUCGCAGAAGCUGAAGCAGAUGUUGGAGAUCAUUCUUGCUCUGGGGAACUACAUGAACAGCAGCAAGCGGGGAGCUGUGUAUGGCUUCAAGCUGCAGAGCCUGGAUCUGCUGCUGGACACCAAGUCCACAGACCGGAAGAUGACGCUGCUGCAUUUCAUUGCGUUGACGGUGAAGGAGAAGUACCCCGAGCUAGCUAACUUCUGGCAUGAGCUGCACUUUGUGGAGAAAGCUGCAGCAGUGUCCCUGGAGAAUGUGCUGCUGGAUGUCAAGGAGCUGGGCCGGGGCAUGGAGCUGAUUCGGCGGGAAUGUGGCAUCCAUGACAACAGUGUCCUUCGGAGCUUCCUCAGCACCAAUGAGGGCAAACUGGACAAGUUGCAGCGCGACGCCAAGACGGCCGAGGAGGCCUACAAUGCAGUUGUGCGCUACUUUGGCGAGAGUCCCAAGACCACGCCUCCUUCGGUCUUCUUCCCCGUAUUUGUGCGGUUCAUCCGCUCUUACAAGGAAGCGGAACAGGAGAAUGAAGCCCGCAAGAAACAAGAGGAGGUGAUGCGGGAGAAGCAGCUGGCUCAGGAAGCCAAGAAGCUGGAUGCCAAGACCCCGUCGCAGCGGAACAAAUGGCAGCAACAGGAGCUGAUUGCAGAGUUGAGGCGGCGCCAGGCCAAGGAGCACCGGCCUGUUUAUGAAGGGAAGGACGGUACCAUUGAGGACAUCAUCACAGUGCUGAAGAGUGUCCCUUUCACGGCUCGUACUGCCAAGCGGGGCUCACGCUUCUUCUGUGAGGCAGCCCACCAUGAUGAGUCAAACUGUUAGCCUCCAGGGCUGGGUCCUGACAGGCCUCCACUGCCAGCCCAUCAUCGUCCGCCACCAAGCCAGGAGUGCUGCCCCGCCUGGCGGCCCUCCUCGGGCUCCAGGCCCCCACUGAGACCUCACAGUCCAUGGGGAACCAGGGCCCCGCGGAUGCCAUGCUGCCGUGCAGCCACCUCGGCUCUCGAGGUUGAUCUGACCUUGCCCUGUGGACACUGGGAGGGUCCAUGGAGCCUGGCACUUCCCUGCUGCCUCCAGUACUGCGCCUUGCCUCUGAGAGCCUCGACUCUGUUGGAAGGGGUCCCCAAGUUCGGCUCAGGGCUUUGGCCUAUACAGGGACAGCGUGGCCCUCUUGCACCAAGCCCAGAGACUGAAGAGGGCAAGUGACCGUAUGCAUUGCUGUCUAUCCUCCCUUAGUCCCACAGUCGGCCCUGACCUCGACCUGCUCAUCGCAGAUCAUGCCUUGCUAGGACCAGGCCCCUGGUGGGGCGGGGCAGAGGCCUGGCUGUCCUUGCUAGAGAAAGGGUGUGCCAACAGCUUCCUCCCUCCUCAGCUGGGGGCAGGGUGGUCUCAGCUCCCUGCCAGUUCCUGUCCAGUGCCUCGGAGGGAACGCAAGGCCCACCCCUUUGUACAUGUACCACUGCCCUUUCCUCUGUACAUAAACCGCAGACCCUCCCUCUCUGAACAAAGGCUUGAAGCACCA